AUGCCUGCCGCCGAAGUUGUAGAUUUUACUAAGCUCAAACCAUACUACCAUGCUCCGGGUGCCAGGUUAUCUGAGGGCAUCACGUAUAUGAAUGAGACUAAGACGCUGGUGUGGGUAGACAUUUACAAGGGCGAAGUUCAUAAGGUAGAACAUAUUCAGAAACCAGAGACUUCGCACGACUAUAUCAAUAUUGGCUUGGACAACUACAAAUCGAACGCACAUAUUAAAUACCCACAUCCUGAAGCUGCGAAAGAGACCAUCGGUGUAGUGUUCCCACUGGUUGAGAAAGAACAGACAGACCACAUCGAGAGAGUGCUGUUUGCUUCCAAAUACGGAAUUGCCAGGGCCAGCUUUGUCACUAAGGAAUGGGAAUACAUUGUGCUGUACACCGAUUGCCCCAAUAUUGCGCAAGAUAGAGCACUUCGUCUAAGGUCCAACGACGGUAACGUCUCUCCUUGCGGUCAUUAUCUCUAUGUUGGACUCAUGAAUGAUUUUGACUAUCCUUUAAAGGAUGAAGGCUGUAUCGUGCGUGUUCAUUUGCGUAACAAAACGGUCGAGAUGAUCUGGGACAGAAUUAAGAUCCCAAAUGCUAUCCAUUGGAAUGAGAAGGGUGACACCAGUUACAUCACAGAAUCCCUAAAGUACACCAUUUGGGCCUUCAACGAGAAGACCGGUGAGAAGAAACCUUUAAUUGAUAUUAAGAGCUCGAACAAUGAAUCAUUCGAAUCCCCUGAACCUGACGGAAGUGCUAUGGACCAUUUGAACAACCGUCUUUAUGUUUGCAUCUUCUCUACCGGGAAGAUUCAAGAAUACUCUCUCCAUGAUGGUAAACUACUAAAGGAAUACUUGCUCCCACCACAAACGCCUAAUAUUACCUGUUGCACAAUAGCCGGCAACGAUCUCUAUGUUACAACGGGUAAUCAACAUGUCGAUAAGGGUCCAGAGGCCUCUAGCGACAAACGUGGUGGGUCUCUUUACAAGUUACCUAAUGUUGUGCCAUUCGCUACGGAGUCGACAUUAAUUGAAUUUGUCUCUUCUAAGAGACUGCCCAUUUUUGACUAA